CAUUGGUAGUGGUCUGUAUUGCUGUCCGAAGGGGUCUCAUUUCAGAAUGAGGGCAGCUAUAACUCAGCUGGUGGUACUGUUCUGUCUGUCUGGGACAGGGGCUCAGGGAGAGAUUGGAGGGGGCAUAGAGAGUCUGAUCCAGAGCAAAGGGACUGAAACUGAAGACACAACCCACAAAGUGAUGAGACGCCAGACCACCUCCUCCAGCACCCCUGACGUCUGGACUGAGCUGAAGGAGGUCAGAGACAUGGUAGGGGAGCUGAGAGUGGAGCUGAGGAGCAUGGAGGCCAGACUCAAAGACAAGGAGAAGGAGGUGGAGGUACUGAAGAAAGAGAAUGCAGGCCAAACCAAGGUGGCCUUCUCUGCUGGCUUAACUACUACUGGGACAGGAUACAUUGGACCUUAUAAUACCGAAACUACACUCACCUACGACAAUGUCAUCACCAACAUUGGCACGGGUUAUGACCCAGCCACAGGCAUCUUCACAGCACCAAUAAAAGGAGUCUACUACUUCAGAUUCACUGCAUUUGAACGUCGUAAAUCCCAGUGGAUGGCUCUAAACAUGUACCACAAUGACAAAAUAGUUCUUCACAAUUCUGAAAUGAAUGAUAAAGGGAAUCACAUGUCCUUGUCUAAUGCUCUGUUUUUAAAUCUGGAGAAGGGAGAUACGGUCUACCUAAAUCUCCCAAAAGGCUGUGGAAUCCACUGCAGUGCUGCUAACGAGAGCACCUUCAGUGGCUUCCUGCUAUUCCCAAUGUCAGCACCUGGUAAUAAACAGUAAUGUAGUCAGACUCCUCUCAUCAAUAAAGAAGCAUUUAAAAAAAACAAGGUAAUCUACU